AUGGCUUCCGAAAUUCCUGAAAUAGAGCCUCCAAAGCAAAGAAAGUUCAUUAAGCAACCCGAUGUUGAGCAGAAAAACAAAAAGAUUGACAAGUUGAAUGAUGACAUCAAGAAAAUCGAAGCUUCAAUAACUUUGAUUUCGACUCAAAUUGAGUCAACUGCUACCCCAAAGGCGGACGCUGAAAAGCGCAAGACCUUGACUGCAGAGUUGAGAAAGAUUGUUUCUUUCCAAGAUGACAUCAAGAAGAAGAGACACAAUAUUAACGAUCAAGUCAGAUUGAUUGAUCAAAAUAUUAAGAAGAAGAUUUCUGAAAUCAAUGCCAAGACUUCCAAGUACAACUUCAAGACUGUUGAAGACAUCGACAAUAACAUCAGAAAGAUAGAAAACUCGAUUGAAUCGGGUAAUCUGAUGUUAGUUGAGGAAAAGAAGGCAUUGAAGGAAAUCACUGCUUUGAACAAGUUAAAAAAAGAUUUUGCUGGUAUCGAAUUAACCCAAAAAUCUGUUGACUCCGACAAAGCCAAGAUUGCUGAGUUGAAGGCCUCUUUGAGUGGCAUUACCAACAAGGAGGUUCAAACUCAAUUUGAAUCGAUCACCAAAGAAUUGGACGAAUUAUCCGAAAAGAACAAGAGCAUUCAAACCAAGAGGGACGAACUUUUCAACAAAAGAAGAGCUUUGCAAAAUGAGAAGUACGAACACCUCAAGGAAAUAAGAAAGAUUAGAGAUGACUUUGAUGCCAAGUUCAAGAGAUUCAAGAGUGACAUGGACAACGAACGUAAGAAGAGAGAAGAAGAGGAGAAAGCUUACAGAUUGUACCUCGAAAGAAAGGAUCUUCUCGAAGAAAUCCAACAACUUGAAAGCUCUGCUAAAGUUCCAGCGUUCACCGAAGAGAUCAGCCAAGUCAAGGCUGCUAUUUCAUCAUUAGACCCUACCAUUAAGUUUGAAGAAGAAAAAGUCAGCGCUUUAGAUACCUUAGGUUCAUCAUCAUUAGAUAAAAUCAGCACGAAGGUUUCCGAAAUCCAAUUACCUGAAGAUGCUGAAAUCAUCAAGAAGGAGGAGGAAACAUUUUUUGCACCUACUGUCAAAUCCAAGAAGGGUAAGAAGAACAACAACAAGAAGAAGCAAAACAAGACCAUUGAUUCCCAUGUUGUCACCCAAUUGACUGUUAUUGGUGUCAAUGUUCCAGCUACCCAAGAAGACAUACCAAAGGUUGUUGAGCAACUACAGGAAAAGCUAGAAGAAUACAAGAAGAACCAAGUUGACGCCAAUAAGAAGAAUGAAGAACAAGCCAGCGAAAAGAUUGCCAAGAUCAAGGAGACUAUUGCUGAUUUGGACAAACAGAUUCUUGCCGAAUUAGCCAAGGAGAAAGAAAGAGCCAAUGCUGGUUCCGAGACUCCAGAGAAAGAGACCGAAGUCAAGGAGGAGGCAGAGCCAGCAAUGGUCGAAGAUGCUGCUGUUGCUGUUGCUGCCGAAGCCAACUGA